CUAUUUUUGAGAGCCGAUCUUAAAGUCUGUGUCCCUUUCAGAGAGAAAGCUGAAACGUGCUCAGGAAGCUUUGCUUUUCUCUCAUUCUUCCAUCCAGAAAAAGAAAGGCUUCGCUAUCUACUAAGGGUUUCAUACGAUUAAGCGCUAUGGAAUCGGGCUGACCUCAUGGGUCGAAGAACCUGUUUCGGAGGAAUCUGAGGCAUUUUGUUUUCUCAGGUCCAGCAAAGCGAGGAGUUAAAUUUAAGGUCAUGGCAAAACAUCUGAAGUUCAUCGCCAGGACUGUGAUGGUGCAGGACGGAAAUGUGGAAGGUGCAUACAGGACCCUAAACAGGAUCCUCACUAUGGACGGGCUCAUUGAGGACAUUAAGCGACGGCGAUACUAUGAGAAGCCUUGCCGCCGGCGACAGCGGGAAAGUUAUGAAACCUGCAGGCGCAUCUAUAACAUGGAAAUGACUCGAAAGAUCAACUUCUUGAUGCGAAAGAAUCGAGCGGAUCCAUGGCAGGGCUGCUGAGGCUUGUGGCCAGAAGGCCCAGGAUGAACCCUUCAUGCAAUUUGUGCCUCCAUGUCUCACCUUUCUCAAACCCCAUUUUCUCUUACCUUUAUCUACAAUAAACUCAGUCACCCCCACACAAGAAGGCUUGCCUAUGUAGCAGCAAUCCCUCCAUCUGCAGUGGACCCUGUUUUUUAUCAAGUGAAAGUGGAACGAGUGCAAGCAGCUUGGGAACAGACUGGUGGUGGCCAGGCUAGUGGAGGGGCAAUGAGGACUUGCUGUUUAGUAGGCAUAAAAGCUGCAGUUUGCAAAGAUGAAAAAGUUCUGAAGAUAGAUGGUGUGGGUAAUCGUACAGAAAUGUGAAUUUAAUGCCAGUGACCUCUACACAUAAAUGGUUAAAGUGGUAAA